GUGCGCUCGAGAUGAUGAACGAGCUUGCAGCAAACGCACGACGCGAACGAAAAGUACUCGAUCUCGAAAUCAGCAACUCAUCGCUCCUUGCCAUCAACCGGUCUCUAGAAAAGGAGGUACGGAAACAAAAGGCCGAAAUCAGACGCUUUCGCCGCAUGAGUCGAGCCGGUCACUUUACUGCCACCACGAUUGACUUCCCCAGCGACAGCUCAGCCAUUGGGGCCAGUAGUAGGGGUGACCUUUCGGAUAUGUCUGAAGAAGAGACGCAUGAUGAAGAAGACGAUGAAGAAGAGGAAGAAGAAGAAGAACAGGAGGAAGAGGAGCCAGAAAGCAGUGAUUCUUCACUUGACGAUAGUGCAUUGAGUCCUAGCGCGCAGCUAAAGCGCGAUGAAGCACAUCGCACGCGGGAUGAGAAGCGUCUUCAACUUGAUCUCUCCAAGCAUCGCGAUAUGCUAAACGACAGCCAGAAGAUGAACCAGAGCCUAAGAAAGUGUCUGGGAUGGACAGAACAGCUGAUCAAGGACGGUCAGAAGGCACUCGAGUACAAGGUCAAUGUCAACGACGUCAAGCUAGGCGGCCGCGUACUCGUUUUGGAAGACGACAACGAAGUCGCCGCGGCAGAUGAAUCGAGGGGUCUCCUCAGUCCCUGGAGUCCGCUGCAGCAUACCAUUGACGCUUUAGACUCGCCCUUCUUCUCGGAAACCAAUCGAAUGGUUGACCGCGACAGCGGAGUACAUUUCGAGGGCCCAGAACAGGUCCGGCGAGCCAACGAGUCUGGCAAAGUAGACAACCAAAGCAAACCUACAAGCCCUGGAAAAGAGUUUCGCCCACAUCUCCCUGGCCAGUGGAUAUCGUACCGAGAGUCAGGCCUGAAGCCCCACGAGAAUCUCACCCCACUCGGCUCGCCCUUUGAAGAGCGCAUCCGAUAUCUCCAUGCCUCGAUUGAUGCUUUGGAGGCAUCCUAACCAGACUCACGAGUCAAUACCCAUUAACCUUUCUUUUUCACUGCGUCAAAACGCAUACGCACCCUAUUCAUUGCAUUCAAUUUGGCGUUUCGCGUAGAAGGAUAACGGUCUGCAUUACCUCGUGGCGCAAAAUGGAACAUUACGUCGAAUGCGAUUUCGACGUCGUACGACCGUUUCCUUUGUUCUAGAAUAUCCACGGCCGCAACACACAAACACAAAUAUUUUCCCUUCUCCGCCUCGCUCGAGGUACUGGGC